AUGGUUCAGCAACUAAGUCUGUUUGGAUCCAUUGGUGAUGAUGGUUACGAUUUAUUAAUAUCAACGUUGACCACAAUAUCAGGUAAUCCUCCGCUAUUAUACAACAAUUUAUGUACCAUCUGGAAACCAAACCCGUCUUACGACGUCGAGAACGUGAACGCCAGAAACCAAUUGGUUGAGCCAAAUAGAAUAAAACUUUCCAAGGAGGUACCAUUUUCCUAUCUGAUUGACGAAGCAAUGAUAGAUAAGCCAUUGAACUUUAAACUCUUGAAAUCCUUUGCAAAUGAUAAAAUUCCGCUGAACUAUGCUAUGACACAAAAUAUUCUGCACAACAGAGUCCCGCAAGCCACCAACGUCAACAGUACCAACGGAGCUGUAAAUAAUAAUGAACGUGCAGGAAACGCUGUAGAUGAAAGUGGAAGCAACAAUGACAUCAUAAAUGUUGACAUGAAUGCAAGUUCCACCCCUUCGAACGAAUCAUGUUCUGCUUGGUCAUUGCAAAUUUCUGAUAUUCCUGCUGCAGGAAACAACAGAAGUGUCUCGAUGCAAACAAUAGCUGAGACUAUCGUAUUAUCUUCGGCUGGCAAAAACUCUUCAAUAUCCUCGCUUAUGAACGGACUGGGUUAUGUAUUCGAGUUUCAAUAUCUUACAAUUGGUGUGAAAUUUUUUAUGAAGCAUGGUUUGAUACUGGAGUUACAAAAAAUCUGGCAAAUAGAAGAAGCGGAGAAUUUGCAAAUAACAAGUGGAGGAUUCCUUAUAAAGGCAUAUAUCAAUGUUAGUAGAGGUACCGAUAUCGAUCGUAUAAAUUAUACAGAGACUGUUCUAAUGAACUUGAAAAAGGAACUACAGGGUUACAUAGAAUUAAGUGUACCAGAUAGACAAUCAAUGGACUCGAGGGUAGCACAUAGAAAUAUUCUAAUAUGA